AACCGCGAUGUAAUUGCUCGUUCGACAAGAACGAGGUGCGCUCGCGCGUUAGCGCGUCGCCGCAGUAAAUUAACGUCACAGUUGUACACAUUUUGCGAGAGAAUCGAGAAGAAAAGAGAAUAAAUCGAAAAAUAAAAGAGUGGGGACAACAAUUUCUCCAUAUAUAUACAAAAAAUCAAUUAUUUCUUCGCAGAUCUUUUCUGUUUUGAAAAAUAAACAUAAAAAAAAUCGAAAGUUAAUUCGAUAUAAAUUAACGGUCGGAAUUUUCGAAUUCGCUCAAGAAAAAAAUAAUAUUCCUGCUCUGGAAACAAGAAUUUAUUCUUAAUUUCCCCCCAUUUUCAAGUUCUUGAAAAGUACUUUUCGGAAUUUAAAAAAAUUGGAAAAAAUAGAAACUGAGGAGUGAAUUAUUUUUUUUUUUUUUUUGAAAAAGAAGAAGUGGGUUUUCGAGGAAAGAAUUUCAAGAAGGCGAACAACAACGUAUAAAGAGAAGGAGACGUAUACCAUGAGCGACGGCAUAGUCGGUGCAAUUACGAUCAGUUUGUUCGGAGGUGAGAAGAAGAGGAGGGGGAGCAUGGACGCUGGAUACUCAAUGCUGAGUGGCGAUCUCGACGUCUCCAGGAUGUUCGACCAGUACUCUUACAAGAGAAGUGACAACAUCGAUUUGUCUCUGAGCGUACCGCAGCACCACCAGACGUCGUAUCAUCACGACGGAUACAAUAUGACUGACCAGACUUUUCACACGCCCAGUUUCGGCGAUGAGGAUUUUGACAUCCCUUCGAUCCACACGCACUCGCAUCAACAACAUCAACAACAGCAGCAACAUCAUCAACAGCACGACCCAAUGCACGCUUAUCAAUCACAGAUGAUGCCAAGUGGCGGAAUGCAGCAGUCGCCAGAUGGAUUGAGCUUGGAUCCCGGCGGAUAUCAACAACCGCUUUACCUACAGCAGGAACACUCUAUGCAACCAAUUAGCGUUAGUUCGGCAUACAACAGUCCUCAAGGAACGUAUUCAACAAUGAGUUCACCGGGACAACAGCACAGUAAUCAACAGUUACUUUUGUUGCAACAACAACACAAUCAGCAGCAACAACAACAGCAACAGGCGCAGAUGCAACAACAACAAAUGCAGUAUAUGCACUCACAACAACAACAGCAGCAACAACAACAGGCGCAGAUGCAACAACAACAAAUGCAUUUCACCUCGCAUCGAGGUUCCACGGGGCCAAGUCCAGCUGCAAUGCCAAAUGCUCUUCCAGAAAAUAAUAAUACCACAACCAGUGAAGAUAGCGACGAUAGCACACCUCAUUCAGCGAUGAUGGCAGGAAUCAAACGACCAUCGCCAGAACCUGCCGAUGGUGCGACUAAGGCACAGAAGAAGCCGAAAGCCCAAAAGAAAAGGAAGAAGAAAGAUCCCAAUGAGCCGCCAAAGCCAGUUUCUGCUUACGCGCUUUUCUUCAGGGACACUCAGGCAGCAAUUAAAGGACAAAAUCCAAAUGCGAGUUUCGGCGAGGUUUCUAAAAUUGUCGCCUCCAUGUGGGACGCACUUGACACCGAACACAAAGACGUUUACAAGAAGAAGACAGAGGCAGCGAAAAAGGAAUAUUUGAAGGCUCUGGCAGCUUACAGGGCCUCCUUGGUCAGUAAGGGUGCAACUGAAAACGAACAACAAACUCAACAGCAGCAACAGCAACAACAACCCCAACCACAGGCUGUUCCAUACGGAGUUGUUCCUUAUUCAGCAUAUGGAGGCAAUACACAACCAGGAAAUGUUGCUUAUCAAGUUUACAGUCCUCAACCACAGCCACCAUCACCCCAACAACAUCAGCAACAACAGCAUCAACAACAAAUGGGCAUUAAAAAAUCUCCCCUUCAUUUGGCUCAAAUGCAAGGCAAUCAACAGCAACAACAACAGGCUUUAAUGGGAAAUCCAAUGGCACCGCCGCACAUGACGCAGCAACACAUGCAGCAACAAGUCUCGCAGCAACAAUAUAUGCAGCAGGUUCCCCAGCAACAGGUGCAACCGGUGCAAGUGCAACAGCAGCAAAUGAUGCACAUGAGUCCCGCGAGGAAUGAAUUGAAACAAGAUUUAUCAAGUCCACCACCUGUUAAUUCAUCUCAAGCAGCAAUGGUUGCUCAAAGGGCACCGGCAAACACUUGUAUUCGUCAUGGUUGCCCAAAUCCGGCUGUGGCAAACACCGAAUGGGAAGAUGAAUAUUGCAGUAAUGAGUGCGUGGUCAGCCACUGCAGGUUUGUAGAUGUCUUCACAACUUGGGUCUCAACAAAUCAACAACAGAAUUUUUCAACUGUAAAAUAGAACAAGUCAAUUGUCAAUUGGUAAAAAGAAUCUUUUAAAAACACAAUUUGACUGUGAAAAAUGGAAAUGGAAAUGAAAAGAAGAAGAUGAAGAAGAAGAUAAACACGAUCGCUUCGUACGAGGAAACUAUUCGCACAUUUUCAUUUUUUUAGGGAAAUGAAAGUUUCAACUUCUCUAUUUAUUGAUGAUGACCUCCCCCCACUCUUUAUUAAUCCAAGUAAAUUCUACACACGAAGUUUUAAAAAAUAACGAAGCGAAAAAUAUUUUUUUUGUUUUUGGAAAAAACGACGUCGAAUGCUUCGAGAGUGUGAGAGAGAAUUUAUAAACGAAAAAAUCCGUUGGAACUGAGGAUUAAAAAGUACAAGUAAUAAACAAAAAACAAAAAAAGAGAGAAAGAAUGACGUAUUGCAUGUAAAUAAAUACGACGGUGAAUGACGAAUAAUUUUCCUGUGUUUUUUCUUUAUUUUUUUAAUAUUGUUUCCGUGAAAGUGAGAGCAACAAUUUUUUGGACAUGCAGAACGGAAGUUGUAGAAUUCAAAAAGAAAAAGAAUUGAGAACAAAAAAAAACUUGCAUUCGGCAGUGCCAUGGCUGGUUGUUUCACACUUCACAUUUGAAAACUUAGCUAGGAAUAUAAACGAAUCUAUACAUACAUAUAAAUAAAUAUAUAAAUAAAGAUAAUUAUAUAUAAUUAAAUAAAUAAACCGAGCUGCGAUCACGAAAAAAAAAGUGACCCGUCGUUAAACCCUGCGAACUCGGCGCAAAUCUGCAGUAUUCUAUUUAAUCUGAAAAACUUAACGAAGAACUAAAAGAAAAAAAAACUAGUCCAACAUUGAGAAUUCGAUGAAAAAAAAAAUUUCAAUAUCUAAUCUUUUAAUUUUCAAUUUUUAAGAAUUUCAUUGUUGGAAGUUUAUAGAUUACUUCAAAAAGAUAACAAUAAUGAAGAAAAAGAAGAAUAAAUAACGCAAACAGGGCUCCACUUAUUUUUACAUCAUUUCUACUGGCAUUCAAUUUUUCAUGUAAUAAUCUUAACUAGUUCCGACAUUUUGGUAUAUCGACGGUUUUACAUUAGACGAUAUCAAUCAUUUUUUUAACUGAGAUAUAUAAAAUAUAUUUGUUUAAAUUAGAAAAUACAACACUUUACGCUUUCUUCAUUCAUGAAAAAUUUUAUUUCCUUUUUUUGUCCUCUAAUCAGUAUAGUUAAUCUCUGUUUUUUUUUUGUUUCGUUAAAGAUCGAGGAAGCGCAAAGAGUUUUAAUUUUUAAUAAAUUAUUUAAGUUGAUACAAAGAGAAUUUCAUAGUUUUUAAAAAAAAGAAAAAAAAAGAUUUAAAUAUUUAAAAAAAAGAAGCAAGCGAGAUAUUUAAACAGCGUGUUUUGUUAUUUUUAAAGAUUUAGUAAACCAAUUUGGGCUCUGAAAUUUAUCGUAACAAAUGUAUCGUUAAGAAAAUGAAAUGUUUCGCGCAUUCUCAGAAAGUGCUAAUUGAAAAGAAUUCUUUACAAAAAGAAAAUGCACUUUUUUAAUUUUUUUUUUUUUUAAGUAUUUUAUUUUUACCACGAUGAUGUUAUUUUAGCACUUGUUGAGAAUGCCUUCAAGAUUUUUUAAUCGUUUGUUUUUUCAUAUUCUUAUGUAAAUAUCUAAAUAUAUUCUAUAGAUUUAUAGGUUUUAUUGUAAACAUAAUCAAACUGUAUUAUAUUGAUAACGAUUUGUGGUAUAUUAAAAUACUAUAUAUGUACAACUAUAGAAUGCAGCAGGAAUAUUUGCAUUUGGCUGGUGCUAUUUAAAUGAACAAAAAUGGAAAAACAGAAAAAAAAAAUUGCUUGAAAUCGUGUAGAAUCAAGAAAAGAAAAGAAAAAGUUUUGCCAAACGCAAUGUUUUAAUUGAAUGAAAUAUAUUUCUAAUGAAAUAUAUUUCGAAAGAAAUAGUUUGGCAUCUUUUUUUUCAAUUACAAUAUAUAUUAAACGAACGACAGCGUUUUUUAUAGAUCUGAACUUUUUAAGUAAUCCCGCUGUAUCCUAUAAUUAAUAAAAAAAAAAUAUUAUAAUUUAAAAUAAAUAUUAAGAUAUUACUCAAACAAAAUACAGAAAACACGCGAAUCCUCCUUACCCUCUCGACAUUGUCUUGUUCUCACGACACAAAAAAAAAAAUGCGACACGAUUUUACAAUAAAAAUAUUCAUAAUUGCAUAAACUUAUAUUAAAAAGGAUUAAAUCUAGAAACUAUCCAGCGUAUAUAGUAGUAAUAGCACUACACAUCAAAUGCUAAUAUAUGAUGGUGAUUUGCAAUGAAUUUAUGUUCGUUUUUCUUUGUUUUCUGUAAAAAGACUUAAUUAAACAAUUUCAGUCCCA